GCGCGUUAGAUCUGUUGAAUUGAAAUAAAGUAUGCUAUCCAAGGAAACUCAUUUUAAAUCUUAUGGUUAUUCUGUAGAUAUUUAUUAAGUAACGUUAUCUUUUGUUUAGUUUUAGUAAAUUCUAAGAGGUCAUUCCGACCUUUUGCUCGAGUCUUAACGAGGAUGUUCCUUUUAAUUACGGAAGUAAAUAGAUUGUUAAAUUUGGCUGCUAGCAUAAAACAAUAUGUAAAUGCUCCAACUUCACAUAUGACACUAAGAAAGAGGCGAGGACGUCCAAGGAAAGUUGAUGUUCUGUCUUCGUCAUCCACUUCAGUACCAUUUUUAAGUUCGAAAAUAGAAGAAUAUGAAAAUAUUUUAAUUUGUGCAAGGGAACAUGUUAAUGAGUUGGAUAAAAUAGUCGUGGAAACAAUAUCCGAUCCUGUUUCUCGACCAAAAACAUGCACUCAUUUGACAACUUCCAACAUUUCAAUUUGUCAAGGAAUUCCGGGAAGUUCUCAUCAAUUUUGUACUUGCGGAUUGUUUCUUACUGAUGAUGCUCCUUGUUCUUGCCGCAAAGGACUAUCUUAUUCUUAUGCGUCAACACCCGAAAAUCAACGAGAGUUUGCUCCAGCGAUGCAAGCAAAUGAACCAAUUGCAGGUCCCAGUUCUUUUUGUUAUCCUUCCAUUAAGGUGGAGAAAGUUGAUGUGGAUUCGGAUACAUCGUUUUGAUUAUUAUUAUUUAACAAACACAAAUCUUUUAUGUAAUUCUUAGGUACACCAUUUAAAAUCAUUAUCAAUAAUUAAUAAUUAGUUUUUGUUAUAAAACCUUAUAGAAUAUGUAUGUUUGGACAAAAAUAAAUUUUAUUGUU